AUGGCCUCCAGUGUGGACCGCGACAUGGAAGGGCUCAUGCCCCCGCAGCCGAUUCACGAUCUCUCGCGCCCUACCUCUGUCGCUCGCUCAGACAACACCAACUUGGGAGCUGGGUUGGGCUCGUCUACAUACAUGCCGUCGACGGGCAUCGAGACAGCUCCAUCAUUACCGUCCACCCCAUCAUACCGAGCCAGUGCAGCAACAAAUGAGCUGGCCGCGGAAGGCCAAGGUCCAUUCGCUACGCCCCCGGAUGUACUCGACGCCGCGUCGCCCUUUGCUCCGGUCGCGGCAACUGAUGCCUACGUUGGAUCAGGCCAACGGUCGGGAUUGGGGGGCGCAGAUGCAGCAGUAGCGCCCAUAACGAAGGAAGCCGCCCACAGCUCGGACGAGGCGCUUGCAGGUUCGGGCACGGUCGCCGGUGUGAAAGGGUACGGCAAGCGGCCCUGGUACAAGCGACCACUGAUCUGGCUUGGCGCUUUUAUUGCGCUCGCGGUGGUCGUCCUCGCGGUGGUACUUCCGGUCUGGUUUGUUGCUGUCAAGCCGCAUCGUGACAACAGCAGCUCUGCUGCCUCAUCCAAGGGCUCCAGCGCGAACCCGGAGAGCCCGACGGGCGCAACAAGUGGCGGAAAUGGGAGCACUGUGGUUAUGGCAGAUGGGACGAGCUUUACAUAUGUGAACAACUUCGGUGGAUUCUGGGUAUAUGAUCCGGCAAAUCCAUUCAACAACUCUGCGCAGCCAAACUCGUGGACGCCGCCGUUGUCGCAGGCGUGGAACUGGAGCACAGAUCGAGUCUUCGGGGUGAACCUGGGCGGGCUGUUUGAGCUGGAGCCGUUCAUUUCGCCAUCGAUCUUCCAAGAGAAUCCCACAGCAGUGGAUGAGUGGACGUUAGACCUCAGUCUUCGUGCAGGGAGCAACGGGAGCGAGAACAUUCUUUCAGUGAUGGAGAAUUACUACAACACAUUCAUUACGGAGCAAGACAUAGCUGAAAUUGCAGGUGCGGGCUUGAAUUGGAUCCGCUUGCCGAUCCCAUUCUGGGCGAUCGACGCGUGGGACAACGUCGGUGUGCUGAAUGGAACGACCGUUGCUGAGCCGUUUUUGGCACGGACGUGUUGGUCGUACAUCCUUCGGGUGAUGCAGUGGGCUCGCAAGUAUGGGAUUCGUAUCAAUCUUGACCUGCAUACUAUACCAGGCUCACAGAACGGAUACAAUCAUUCGGGUAAAAUGGGCAUGAUAAAUUUCCUCAACGGCGCUAUGGGUGUGGCCAAUGCGGAGCGUGCGCUGGAAUAUAUACGUGUUAUCGCUGAGUUCAUUUCUCAGACCGAGUACCAGCCUCUAGUCCCGCUGUUCAGCAUUGUGAACGAGCCACUACUGUCAACUAUCGGCAAGGACUCGCUUACCACAUUCUACCUUCGGGCAAAUGAGAUGAUACGCAACAUCACGGGGGUCGGUGAAGGUCAUGGGCCGUACAUGGCAAUACACGACGGCUUCAUGGGUACGGCGUACUGGGCUGACUUCCUUCAGGGAUCCGACCGAAUCGCGCUGGAUACACACCCGUAUUUUGCAUUUGAUAACCAGCCGAAUACCCAGCCGACGAACGUGACUGCCACGGGAGGCAAUGGGACAGUCUACGGUGGCCCGUGGCCGCAGAUGGCGUGCACGUCUUGGGGAGGGGAAAUGAACACAAGCCGAAUCAACUUCGGUGUCACGAUUGCGGGCGAGUUCAGUAAUGCCAUCAAUGAUUGCGGACUCUGGGUUCGUGGUGUGAACACCAGUGCGGACUACGGAGGCAACUGCGACUAUUGGGAAGACUGGACCCAGUGGAGCGACGAGACCAAAGCGGGUUUGAAGGAAUUCGCCCUCGCAAGCAUGGACGCGCUAGGUGACUGGUUCUUCUGGACGUGGAAGAUAGGAAAUUCGUCCACGACCAACAGCGUCUUGUCCCCCUUGUGGUCGUACAAACUCGGGCUCGAGAAUGGGUGGAUGCCGCUCGACCCGCGGGAGGCGUCGGGUACCUGCGAGUCCCUGGGGUACCAGCCGAACCUGUGGAACGAGACCUACCCGUCGUACGCGACUGGCGGGGCGGGUGCCGGGGACAUCGCCCCAUCGUCCGUGGCGCAGUAUGGGGUGUGGCCGCCGGCGUCGAUCGCGAACGUGCCGACCGGGUCGCAGGCGUACCUCCCGCAGUACACGUCGACGGCGCCGAUCGUGAGCCUGCCCCCGGCGUCGACGUACAGCGCCGCGGCGGUGAGCACCGGCAACGGGUGGUACGACGCGCAGGACACGGCGAGCGCGCCGACGCCGAUCAGCGGGUGCACGUAUCCGGAUGCGUGGAGCGCGGUCGGGUCGCCGAUCCCUACGGCGGGGUGCGGCGCGGCGGCGUAUGCGGGCGAGAACGCGAAGCGGGAGGCGCCCCCGCCGGUGGUCACUGCGCCGCCGAGGGUGCUGUGA